AUGGAUAAAAAGAUAGUGCGCAAAGGGCCGCUGCCUGGGGGUCGCCGGGGCGCGUCUGGAGCUGGCGCUGGACGCGGCAGCAUGCGGGCCGCCAGCCGAGCGCGAGGAGCUGCACGGUCAUCUACCAGCCCUCCGCAUCCAUCAUCCCCACCAGAAGGCUUGGUGUCGGCUGGGUCUUCUCGGACUCAGCAAGCGGCACCCGCCGCUGGUGGAGCACGUCGCAUGCGUUGGUCACAAGAAAUGAAUGCAAACGCACUGCGGGCGUACUUUAGGGCAAAAGGGGAAGAAACUGGAUGUUUGGCGUAUCGGGCUAGGAUGCAUCGUCUUUUUGCUGAGCUGGAGCCAUCUUUAAUCGUCACAGAGCAAAACCUGGCAGACCGAGUUCGGUAUAUCUUGCGCUCAAAUAUAUUUGAUGUCGCCGAACUCGAACGGCUACGACGUGAGGCUGUUCCCUCGUCGGAUGAGAAUGCUAGGGCUGAGGAUGCGGCGCCACAAAUGGUAGAGCAACCCGCAAACGUGGAUGCCGCCGUGAAUACCCCAGUUGUGGUUGAUUCAAACGAUGAUGGAACAGUCGCCCAGGAACUGGAAUUAGAGCAUAUGAGGAGUAUAUUGGAAGAGGCGAUUGUGGAAACGCGCAGUACGCCUCUCGAAAAUCGACCGCGACUUCCCCGCAUAGCCCUAAGCAAGCGGAAUCGGGCUAUCGUGAGGGCUCUGAACCCAAUGCUGGUUACCUAUUUGGAAGCCAGCCGGGACCUUUGCGAGACGGACUCAAUUCUUUUUGGCGCCGCGCUGGCAGUCUGCCGUAUCAUAGGCGCCAAGGUUUCCACGACUGGACGCGCUACUGGCCAUAGUAGCGCUAUCCCAGCAUGGAGAAGAAGAAUUGAGGAACGUAUCGCAAAGGCUAGAGCUCUCAUCGGCAGACUGAUAUGCUUCAGAUCAGGCAACAAGAGGCCAAGAAUUGUGCGCACCGUCAGGAUGGCGUUUGCUGGGACAAAUGUCAGUUUGUCCCAGCCGGAUAUAACGCAAAAACUGACGGAGCGCAUAGAUGAUCUGAAGCAGAGAAUCGCUGCUUGGGGAAAGCGGAUUCGGCGAUAUACCGAGAGGUCGACACGGUUCAACCAGAAUCGUCUCUUCCAGAGUGAUCAGAAGAGGCUCUAUGAAUCAUUGGAGCGACCAAUGGUAAGUGGAACGGGUCCAGCACCGAAUCAGGCCGACACUGUAGCAUUCUGGCGCGGCCUGUGGUCAGAGCCCGUAAACCACAGCGAGGGCCCUUGGACGGAAGUUGUGGCGAGUCAGUGUGCGGGACCCCAUGGACCCCGUCAUCAUAACGCCGGAUGA